AUGUCCUCUCAAAGCCCCAUAUUCCCCGCAUCUCUCUUAUCUAGCGACGCCGUUGCGGCUCUACCAGAGGGAUUCGGCAUCCGACCUCUGGAAAAGGGAGAUUAUGCCAAGGGAUUUCUUGAAUGCCUUCGAGAUUUGACAUGGAUGGCAAAUGUCACGGAACAAGAGUUUAACGAGCGAUACGAUGAAAUGGACACUGGCGGCAAAGGGCCCUACUACUAUCUUGUUAUUGAGCAUGAGGGCAAGAUUGUAGGAACGGGUUCUGUAAUUGUCGAGAAGAAGUUCAUCCAAAACCGCACCACUGUCGGCCACAUUGAAGAGAUUUGCAUCUCCAAGGACCAUCAGGGAAAGAGGCUGGGUUUCUACAUGCUCGGCGCCUUGAACUCGGUGGCCAAGAACGUAGGAUGCCGAAAGACGAUUCUCAACUGCAGUCAACACAACAUCCCGUUUUACGAGAAAUGCGGCUUCAAGCUCUGUGGCACGGAAAUGGAGACUGUAUUCGAGGAGCAGGGAAAGGAGAACUAG